GUAAAAAUCGUUUAAAGAACCGUAACCACACGAACUAAAAACUGGUACAACAACGACGCUGUGAAAAAUUUGCUUGACAGCAGAAAACACCUGUCAAUUUUCUUGCUCAUGUUAUUGUAGCUUGUAUCCGUUGAACCGUUUCGAACCGAUUGACAGCUUUCUGUUAUUAUUUUCUGGCUAACCGGUAUCAUUUUCUGGUUAACUGUUGCCGGCGCCGGUCGCAAUUGAAGUGAACGCUUCUGUCCUUCGUCUUUCUCCCUCUCUGUUUGUGCGUGCGAACGUUUAUUUCCGUUAUUUUUCGUGAAUUUGCCGUAGGGAACGUGGACACGCGAAAAGCAGAACAGCAUGUCCGGAAUAGCGAUACGACGCCUGUACGAGGAACGGAAGGCCUGGCGGAAGGAUCAUCCCUUCGGAUUUGUGGCCAAGCCGGUGAAGAAUUCCGAUGGCUCGAUCGAUCUGAUGACCUGGGAGUGUGCAGUUCCCGGAAAGAAGGGAACCCUUUGGGAGGGCGGCUUGUACAAACUUCGCAUGCUGUUCCUGGAAGACUAUCCGGCCACCCCGCCCGAUUGCCAGUUCGUGCCGCCACUGUUCCACCCGAACGUGUACCCAUCCGGCAUCAUCGCCAUGUCACUGCUGGACGAGGACCGGGACUGGCGUCCGGCAAUGACGAUUAAGCAAAUACUGUUGGGCAUUCAGGAGCUGCUGAACGAGCCGAACAUUUCGGAUCUGGCCCAGACCGAAGCGUACACGAUUUACAGCCGCUAUCCGUUCGAGUACGAGAAGUUCGUACGUGCCCAGGCCAAAGCACAUGCGGUGUAUUAAAUUAUUGUUUCGUUAUUUGUUUUUUUGUUUUUAACAUCACUUCCCCCCCCUCCCCCAUCCCGGGCGAGAGAUGGCAGUAAGAUAAUACGGAUUGAUAGUUUUUAAGGCAAGAGUAAGAUGUGUCUCUCCCUCCGACCAAAGAGCGCGUUGAUUAGCAGUUAAGGGACGUUGUAGGUGUUACGCAGUCACAUUCGUAUCUCAUAUGUUAAGUUUUCGUAUUUUAUCUUUUGAGCGGAGCGCGUUCAGUUAAGGGUGAGAAUCCGUUUAGGGAGGUCGGAAUUAUACCGGAACAGCAAAAAAGAGACAGAAGCGAUCUUUAGGAAGCAAUAGGGAUGCACGGGGGGGAAUCAUACUUCUAGAAUUACAGCCAAACAAACUGCCUUUUGAACCGUCGCCGUGUGCGCAUGACCUGCGGAGAGAGGAGAGUAUUAUCAGAAGAGGUUGUUUGAUGUUAUCGAAGCGCAUGGGUGUGUAUUGUCGAUCUCCCAAGGAAAUCGGCGCUGGGGACAAAAACAAAAAAAAGAAAUCCCAGCUAUCGUCGCGAGCAAAACGACAUUAUUAGUAAUAUAAGAAACAAUACCGGGGCACAGUCGUCCCGGUUAAUGAGCUCCUUACCGUUUUUCGUUUGCGCCAAAUCGUUACUAUGAGACAUUAGAUGUACAUGCGGAGAGAGGAGAGUAUUAUCAGAAGAGGUUGUUUGAUGUUAUCGAAGCGCAUAGGUGUGUAUUGUCGAUCUCCCAAGGAAAUCGGCGCUGGGGACAAAAACAAAAAAAAAAGAAAUCCCAGCUAUCGUCGCGAGCAAAACGACAUUAUUAGUA